CUUGCACCUAUGAUCAAUCCCCCUUGCCAAAUUUCACCCUCUGCAACCCUCCUAGCUGCACUUCUCCAUCCAUCAUUCUCACAAAAUCCCCAUCUUAAUCACACAAAACUCGAAAAAAAAAACCCAAAUAAUCACAUCAAGUCCAUCCCUCCCUCUUGGCGGAAUCCAGCAAACCCUCAUUUGGGUUCCGCAAUGACAGAUGAAUAGAAUAUUUUCGACGCCAGCAUCCCAACUCCGCCAGCUCAGGCGACAAGCAGCCAAUCCCCUGAAAUCAAAAACCGAGCCAGCACUCGCCAGAGCUGCGCCAUGGCUCUACCAAAUUCUUGAUCCUAGUAGCCCUAUUGUUGCCAGAUGGAACCGUUUUUUUCUGCUCACUUGUCUUUUCUCUCUUUUCAUAGACCCUCUGUAUUUUUUCCUGCCUUAUGUUGGUGGACCUGCUUGUAUGAGCACCGAUGUUCCUGCCGCGAUUACCAUUACCUAUUUCAGAACCAUGGCUGAUCUUUUUUUUGUUCUGCACAUUGUGAUGAAGUUUAGGAUGGCCUUUGUUGCUCCAAGUUCUAGAGUUUUUGGUAGAGGGGAACUUGUUAUGGAUUCUCAUCAAAUUGCUAUGCGAUAUUUGAAAUCUGAUUUUAUUAUUGAUCUUGCAGCUUCUCUGCCUUUACCUCAGAUUCUUAAUUGGUAUGUUGUUCCAGCAAUGAAAAACAACAGUGCUGAUCAUGCUCACAACACUCUGGUUCUCAUUCUUUUGAUUCAGUAUGUUCCAAGACUGUUUGUCAUGUUUCCCCUGAAUCAGAGGAUAAUUAAAACUACAGGCGUCGUUGCUAAUACUGCUUGGGCUGGAGCUGCAUACAAUCUUGUGCUCUACAUGUUAGCAAGUCAUGUACUAGGAGCAGCCUGGUAUCUGAUGUCGAUAGGCAGGCAGCAUUCGUGCUGGAGAGACGAGUGUCUGGCGGAGCAGCACAGAGUUCCCCCUUGCAACUUUACUUUUCUGGACUGUAACAGUUUAGGACAAAUCCAGCGGGCUUAUUGGCUCAAUUUCACCAAAGUGCUUUCUACUUGUGAUGCUAAUAAUCUAGACUCAACAUUUAAAUUUGGAAUGUUUUCGGAUGCUUUUACUAGUGAAGUUGCUAUGUCCCCCAUGUAUGAGAAGUAUCUGUAUAGCCUCUGGUGGGGUUUAAGAAAUUUAAGCUCAUAUGGACAGAAUUUGCAGACCAGCACUUACAUUGGUGAGACUUUAUUUUGCAUUCUCCUAUCCAUUUCGGGUUUGAUUCUGUUCGCGCAGUUAAUAGGAAACAUGCAGUCAUAUUUGCAAUCCAUGUCUGUGAGGCUUGAAGAGUGGCGAAUCAAAAAGAGAGAUACAGAGGAGUGGAUGAGACACCGGCAAUUACCUCCUGCCCUGCAAGAACGUGUUCGUCGAUUUGUUCAGUAUAGAUGGGUUGCUACCAAAGGAGUUGAUGAAGAAGCCAUCUUAAAAUCCUUGCCACAGGACCUGCGACGUGACAUCCAACGACAUCUCUGCCUAAAACUUGUCCAACGGGUUCCUUUUUUCUCACAAAUGGAUGUUCAGCUUCUAGAUGCCAUAUGUGAAAGGCUUGUGUCAUCCUUAAGUACCCAAGACAGCUACAUUUUCCAAGAAGGUGAUCCAGUAAACGAAAUGCUGUUUAUAAUCAGGGGCCAAUUGGAGAGCUCAACGACGAAUGGUGGAAGGACAGGAUUCUUCAACUCAAUCACCCUCAGACCAGGAGAUUUCUGUGGAGAAGAGCUCCUUACAUGGGCCUUACUCCCCAACUCAAGCGUAAACCUCCCCACCUCAACGCGCACAGUCAGAACACUAACCGAAGUAGAAGCCUUCGCCCUUCGAGCAGAAGACCUCAAAUUUGUCUCAAACCAAUUCAGGCAUCUCCACAGCAAGAAGCUGCAGCAUGCCUUCAGGUACUACUCCUCCCAGUGGAGAACCUGGGGGGCUUGUUACAUGCAAGCCGCGUGGCGAAGGUACAAGAGGAGGAAACUCUCCAAGGAGCUGGCUCUGCAGGAGAAUCACUACUACAUUGUGCCAGAUGGGACUGGCAAUGCUGUGGUCUAUGACGACGGAAGCGGAGAGCAUGUUUUGGUUGAGAGCUCGGAUGGUACACAGCAUCUUGGAGCCACCAUCAUGGCCUCAAAGUUUGCGGCUAAUACGAGACGAGGGGUUGGGCACAAGGUUGUGCCAGUGCAAGUGGUUGGGGCUUCUUCUUCGAGCCUGAAGAUGCCCAAGCUGUUUAAGCCUGAUGAGCCUGAUUUUUCUUUAGACAGGGAGGAUGUUUAG